AUGGAGCUUGUGGAGAGAGCCAAAGGUAUUGAAGUUUCUACGGUUGAGAAGGAUCCUCUGAUCUCCACCAUGCCUGAACACAUCAUUCAUGAAAUUCUCAGUCGACUUUCAAUGCUAGACGUUGCUCGAACCAGUUGUCUUUCCAAGCAAUGGAAUAACUUUUGUGUCUCCUUUCCUUGCUUGAACAUUGACCAGAGUGACUUUAAUCAUCUUCCUUUUCACCACUUCAAGAAUACUAUGCUCCACAAAGUUAUGAGCAUCAAAGAAGAAGAAGAACGUUUGGUUAUCCACAAAUUUAGGCUACGCAUGCAUUUUGAAUACGUGCAAAAUGCCACAAAAGAGAUUGAAGAAUGCACAAGACUAGUAUUGCAGACGAGCACAGUCAAAGAGUUCGAUUUCCAAAUCAUGCAUCAUUGUCUUUACGCGACUAAAGGUAAUUGGUGCCAACUUUUUCAUCAUAUUUAUAAUGCGAAGACGUUUGUGGUGCUAAGGUUAAGUGGUUUGACAUUGAUUCAGCCCUCUGAUAGGGAUAUAAUAAAGUUUUCCCACCUAGAAAUUCUAAGGUUAGAAAAUGUAUGGGUAAAAAGAGAAAAUGUCAUUGAUUGGUUGUUUACUAGUUGCCCUCUGAUAAGGGAAAUAUCACUUGUUAGAUGUAAUGGUUUGAAGCAUUUGAAGGUGUGUGGUAAUCUUGGUCACCUCAAACAGCUAGAGGUUGUUUUUUGUCAAAUGCUUGAGAGUGUUGAAAUCCAAGUGCCAAGUCUAGAGAAGCUUGUGUUGUCCGAGAUUGAAAGAAGAAGAGGAACUGAAUUUUGUAUGGCUUUGAGAAUAGAUUCGGAAACUAGUGAAACCUUAAGGGAGUUGACAUUGUGCAAUUCUACCAUUGGAGGCUUAACCUUCACCCGUCUAUUUUCUAGAUGCUCAAAAGUUGAGUCUUUGGUACUGGAACGGUGCAUCCGUUUUUUUAAGAUUAAGAUUGCAAGUCAGAAGUUGAGAAAACUUGUCGUGAAAAGGUGUUACGAUCUUGUUGUGACAGACAUUGAAGCUACCAAUUUGACUUCAUUCAUGUUUUGCAAUUAUGUACCCAAUAAAGUUUAUCAAGAUUUUGCUGUUGACAAACAAAUCCAAUAUUGUGAGGAGAUCAGUCAGCUACAAGAAUGCUUGCUUGACUUUAACAAAGUGCUUAUGAGCAAAAACAUAUGGACAUAUCUUUGGUUUGAUAAAUUUAACUACUCUGCAGACCAAAAGAUGAUUAUCUACCCGCUGAAGAAUUACAAAGGGUAUGAUGUUGUGGUAUUGGAAGACUGGAGUUCGAUGGCAGAACUUACACUUAUGACCCAGAUAAGUGAAUCAUCGUCAAGAACAACCAUUACAACCAUGAGUUUUCUUGAUCUGGCUAGUUACGUGUUUGGGGAUUGUGGCAAGGGCUUAAAAGGGGUUUUGGCCAUCUCAAUCUCUGGUAAAAGCAUGUUACAUGAGGUUCUAAAUAACAAACCAAAACUUUCAUGUACGCAAUGCUCUUCUGUGGUCAUAACAGAAAUACUAAUGGAUGAAUUCUUGUCCACCACAUGUUGGCCUUCCUUCUCAAGAGCUGGUGCAACUCUGAAAGCAACAUCAUUUUCUGUUUCUUCCAUACUGCUCUUCUAA